UCACCCACAUGGUGUAUAGUAGUCUAAAUAAAAGUAUAUCACGAAGUACGUCAUUAUUGGUGUACACAAUUGAGGUAAAUCACGAUCUGUAGGGUAGUGGGGUUUUCACGGUCUGUUGUAUAACGGAUGACUAGCUAGGACGGAUAUAGUCAUUUAAACCUUGUAAUCAGCUGAAUGUGCAUUGAAUGUGCUUUUGUUGAGAUAUUCCUGUACGUCAGGUGGACUAUCAGCUGUUAACGAAAGUGACCUCAAUUUUAAGGUGUCGAAUCGGGUGUCAUAUCAAGGUGAACAUCAAACGGUAUGGAUGAGGACUAUACCAAACAGAUACGACCAAGCCACCGCUUAGAACUACGUGUGAAGGGCGUCAUCAACCACAUACGGGAGGGCCCCUACAUCACGCAUAAUUACUUAGUAAGUCACGUCCAUUUCCUGAGGAAAGUUAAUGAAGAGAAAGGUCUCCGUGUAUGUCGAGUUUUGCCGUUCGGGGGAUCAUUCAACAUCCGGGGUGACAUCGUGGCUCUUCUCGUGUGGUACAUCAUGCUGGUCUAUGCCAUAGUCGCCAUUCCUCUUGCCUGUUACUGUGAGGAGACCUCCAUCAACAUCUGUAAUGUCAUCAUCCUGGCCACCAUGUGUGUGUACCAUCUUAUUGCUAUCUAUGUCAUAUUUUCCAAUGUAAAGAAGCUCAAAGCCAUGUGGUGCACGACACUGACGACAGCAGAAAAAUACCAUGGACUGCAGAAUUCCUUCAUAGAUGUAACAGCAGACAAUGCUAAAGAAAUCCACUGCAUAGCAGCUAGUCAGAGGCAGAAGAUUGUACAGAACAUCACCAACAAAAACAGUAAACACUGUACAGAACAUCAACAACAAAAACAGUAAACAGGUGGUCCUAAUGCUGAUAACAUCCUCCUAUCUGCGGAGUCGCCUGAGAGACCCAGUGAUCUGUUUCACUGCGCUGGCCAUAUUCUGCCUGAUCGGACUUGUUGUGCAGCUGGAAACUUUAAGGACUAUUGUUUAUGUUAACUCAUAAUGGCAGCAGAAGAUGACCUGUGGAUAAAAUGGCUGUGAACUUGUUAUGUAACCCGUUAUGUAUAUAUGUUUCAUACAGUUCUGUAUCUGCAAAACUAUCAGAGUUUGAGGUCCAUUAGGGCCAAAAACUGUUUUAUAUUUUAUAUAUAUAUAUACACACAGAACUGUAUGAGGCAUAUAUCAUACUUUUGAAAUAUAGCCCUGUCAUGGAUUGGCCGCAUUUAAAUAUCACGCUAGUGCUAUUGUGACAUCAUAAAGCUUUGUAUAACAUCCAUUACUAAUAAUAGAUAUCGACAGUUUUAAAUAAACCCUUGAAUGAUCAGGCACGUUUUCAUCCAAUGCUAACCACUUUACAACAUUUGGUGCCAUAACUAAUGGAAAUCUACAUGCACAAUCAAAGGAUUCAUGAUUAAAUAUUGUUUAACGUUAUCCUCAAGAAUAUUUCACUCAUAUGGAGACGGUGAAGGGCUGCAAAAUUUAGGCCUAUGAUCGGUGCUUAGGGCCAUUGAGAGGGAGGGAUCUUUAUCGUGCCACACCUGCUGUGACAUGGGACCUCGGUUUUUGCGGUCUCAUCCGAAGGACCGCCCCAUUUAGUCACCUCUUACGACAAGCAAGGGGUAAUGAGGACCUAUUCUAACCCGGAUUCCCACGGGAUCAAAGGAAAAUUCAAAGCUAUACAUGCUGGCAACAGAACAGCAGUGGCUAAUCUAUUUGGACAAUUUAUGGAUCUAAAAGAAGAUCCAGUCCCAGAAGAAAUCACUGAUAUAUCCGAGUAACUAGAAAAUCUCUCCUGAAAAGGCAGACCCUACAAGAAUUGAAUGAACACAUACUGGAGACCCUAUGUGACGAGGACCUCGAAAUAGAAAUUGCAAAUACAGGUAAAAUGUAUAUGUUUGAAUUAGACUGUAAAAUUAGGCAGACAUCACAAUGUCAACAAUUUUGGUACCCAUGGAAAGGUCUUGUCACAAGGAAUACAAUAAUAAAAGUUAUUUGCAAGGUUAAAGUUUUCAAAAAGUAGGUCAAACUCUAAGGUCAAGGUCACAGGGUAAAAAAUCAUGGUACCCACAGAAAGGUCUUGUCACAAGGAAUACUCAUGUCAAAUAUCAAAGAUCUAGCACUUACUGUUCAAAUGUUAUUAGCAAGGUUAAAGUUUCAGACAGCCCCCCCCCCCGGAAAGCAAAGAAAUCUAAAUCCCCAAAACAGGUGAGAUUAUAAACAGCAGUGGAUUUCAUGCAACAACAAUGUAACAUUAUACAAAGCUUUGUGUCAAAGUAGCAUUAGCGCGAUAGAACAAUGCAGCAAAUCCACGACACCCUUCAAAUUUCAUUUGUUGAUUUAGCCGAGGCGGUCCGAUUUUGAAGGAUAUUAGUACUGAGACAGUCUGAUAUUACAACCAAUAUCAAACUGCUUGUUCAACAAUGUCAGACAGGCAAAGGGAAUUUAAUUCUUAGACUGAACAAUGGAAUGACAUCACAGAAAUGUUUUAAAUCAUAAGAAAUCCUUCUUUAUGGUGCUACUUUUUAACUUUUAUUUGAUUGUGACUUUUCAAUGCUAUCUAUUAUUAUCAGCUUUUAAGCAAAUGUUGGCUUUGUUAUUUUUAUAAUAGUAAAAUAUGUUAGACUGAC